UCCAGCGAUUAGAGGCAGCGGGCGGACCCUGCUGGGAGGGCUGGGAGGCUGCUGUCACUUUACGAAUCCGAAGCCCAGAGAAUAUUGCUGCUGCCAGAGAGCCUGGCGAGCCGGGACAGGGUCCCCUCCUCUCGCUCGCCACGCGGACCCGCGCCUCCUCUGGCAGCGGCGGCGGUGGCGGCAGAGCCUCACCCACUCCCAUCCCCACCCUCUCCAUCCUUCGCUGCUAAAGAACAGCCGCGCCUGGCACGUUCCUGGAGGACCGCGGGUGCGAUACCGGGAAGAGAGCCGCCGCGGAGAGACCGGAAAGGCAGCAUGCGCCCUCCGGGAGCUGCCUCGGCGCCCAAGGUCUGAAGCUGCAGCCCCAGUUCGCCAUUGUGAGCCGCCACCGGGGCUCCCGCCGGCACGACCGCCCCUCUGGGUCCCCGUCCGCGCCGCGAUGGGGCACCUGCCCGCGAGCACCCGCGGCGGCCGCCGCCUCCUGCCUCUGCUCGGGCUCUUUGUGCUGCUCAAGAACGCUACAACACUUCAUGUAACUGUUCAAGAUGAUAAUAGCAUCAUUGUCUCUUUAGAAGCUUCAGAUGUCACGAGCCCAUCAUCUGUGUAUGUUGUGAAGAUUACUGGUGAAUCAAAAAAUUACUUCUUCGAAUUUGAGCAAUUCAACAGCACUUUGCCUCCUCCUGUUAUCUUUAAGGCCACUUAUCAUGGCCUUUAUUAUAUCAUCACUCUGGUAGUGGUAAAUGGACAUGCGGUUACCAAGCCAACCAGAUCAAUCACUGUGUUAACAAAACCUCUACCUGUAACUAGUGUUUCAAUAUAUGACUAUAAACCUUCACCUGAAACAGGAGUCCUCUUUGAAAUUCAUUAUCCAGAAAAAUAUAAUGUCUUCACAAGAGUGAACAUAAGCUAUUGGGAAGGUAAAGACUUCCGGACAAUGUUAUAUAAAGAUUUCUUUAAGGGAAAAACAGUAUUUAAUCAUUGGCUGCCAGGAAUAUGUUAUAGUAAUAUCACCUUUCAGCUGGUAUCUGAGGCAACUUUUAAUAAAAGUACUCUUGUGGAGUACAGUGGUGUCAGUCAUGAACCCAAACAGCAUAGAACUGCCCCUUAUCCACCUCGAAACAUCUCGGUUCAUAUUAUAAACUUGAACAAAAACAAUUGGGAAGAACAGAGUGGCAGUUUCCCAGAGGAAUCCUUCAUGAGGCCACACGAUACCAUGGGAAGAGACAAACUCUUCCAUUUUACAGAUGAAACUCCUGAAAUUCCCUCUGGCAACAUUUCCUCUGGUUGGCCUGAUGUUAACAGCAGUGACUAUGAAACUACACCCCAGCCAUAUUGGUGGGGCAGCGCAUCUGCAACUCCGGAAAGCGGAGAUGGCUUUGCCAGGGUGCUUCCUCUGGGAUAUGAAAAUAACGACACACUCAGCGAGACCGAGAAGCCAACGUCAGGCUCCUUCUCCUCUUUCCCGGUGCAAAUGAUACUCAGUUGGUUGCCACCAAAGCCACCCACUGCCUUUGAUGGGUUCCAUAUUCACAUAGAAAGAGAAGAAAACUUUACUGAACAUUUGACAGUCGCUGAAGAAGCACACGAAUUUGUUACAGAACUGAAGGAGCCUGGGAAAUAUAAGUUAUCUGUGACAACCUUUAGUUCCUCAGGAUCUUGUGAAACUCGAAAAAGUCAGUCAGCAAAAUCCCUCAGUUUUUAUAUCAGUCCUUCGGGAGAGUGGAUGGAGGCGCUCACUGAGAAGCCCCAACAUGUGAGUGUCCAUGUUUUAAGCUCAACCACCGCCUUGAUGUCCUGGACGUCCUCCCAAGAGAACUACAAUGGCACCAUCGUGUCUGUGGUGUCCCUCACCUGCCAGAAACAAAAGGAGAGCCAGAGGCUAGAAAAACAGUACUGCACGCAGGUGAACUCAAGCAAACCUAUUAUUGAAAAUCUGGUUCCUGGUGCCCAAUACCAGGUUGUGAUGUACCUAAGAAAAGGCCCUUUGAUUGGACCACCUUCAGAUCCUGUGACAUUUGCCAUUGUUCCAACUGGAAUAAAGGAUUUAAUGCUCUACCCCUUGGGCCCAACAGCAGUGGUUUUGAGCUGGAACAGACCAUACUUAGGAGUGUUCAGAAAAUAUGUGGUUGAAAUGUUUUAUUUCAACCCCGCAACAAUGACAUCGGAGUGGACAACCUACUAUGAAAUAGCAGCGACCACCUCCUUAACUGCAUCUGUGCGAAUAGCUAAUCUGUUGCCAGCGUGGUACUACAACUUCCGAGUGACCAUGGUGACCUGGGGAGACCCGGAAUUGAGCUGUUGUGACAGUUCCACCAUCAGCUUCAUAACAGCCCCAGUUGCUCCAGAAAUCACUUCUGUGGAAUAUUUCAACAGCCUGUUAUAUAUCCGUUGGACAUAUGGGGAUGACACCACUGACCUCUCCCAUUCUAGAAUGCUGCAUUGGAUGGUUGUUGCAGAAGGAAAGAAGAAAAUUAAAAAGAGCGUAACACGCAAUGUCAUGACUGCAAUUCUCAGCCUGCCUCCAGGAGAUAUCUACAAUCUCUCUGUAACUGCUUGCACUGAAAGAGGAAGUAAUACCUCCAUGCUCCGCCUUGUCAAGCUAGAACCAGCUCCUCCAAAAUCACUCUUUGCAGUGAAUAAAACCCAGACUUCGGUGACUCUGCUGUGGGUGGAAGAGGGGGUAGCUGAUUUCUUUGAAGUCUUCUGUCAACAAGUUGGCUCUGGUCAGGAAACAAAACUGCAGGAACCGAUUUCUGUUUCUUCUCAUGUUGUGACCAUCUCCAGCCUUCUUCCUGCCACUGCCUACAACUGUAGUGUCACCAGCUUUAGCCACGACAGCCCCAGUGUCCCCACAUUUAUAGCCGUCUCAACAAUGGUUACAGUGAUGAAUCCCAAUGUGGUAGUCAUCUCAGUGCUGGCCAUUCUUAGCACCCUGCUAAUUGGACUGCUGCUGGUCACCCUGAUCAUUCUCAGGAGAAAGCAUCUGCAGAUGGCUAGGGAGUGUGGAGCGGGAACUUUUGUCAAUUUUGCGUCCUUGGAGAGGGAUGGAAAGCUUCCGUACAACUGGCGUAGGAGUAUAUUUGCUUUCCUAACCCUGCUACCUUCAUGUCUUUGGACUGAUUAUCUUUUGGCAUUUUAUAUUAAUCCUUGGAGUAAAAAUGGUUUAAAGAAGAGAAAACUGACUAACCCGGUUCAACUGGACGACUUUGACGCCUACAUCAGGGAUAUGGCCAAAGACUCUGACUAUAAAUUUUCUCUUCAAUUCGAGGAGUUGAAAUUGAUUGGACUGGAUAUUCCACACUUUGCUGCAGACCUUCCACUGAACCGAUGUAAAAAUCGUUAUACAAACAUCCUACCAUAUGACUUUAGCCGAGUGCGAUUAAUCUCCAUGAAUGAAGAGGAAGGAGCAGACUACAUCAAUGCCAACUACAUUCCUGGAUACAACUCAUCCCAGGAGUAUAUCGCCACACAGGGGCCACUGCCUGAAACCAGAAAUGACUUCUGGAAGAUGGUCCUACAGCAGAAGUCUCAGAUUAUUGUCAUGCUCACUCAGUGCAAUGAGAAAAGGAGGGUGAAAUGUGACCAUUACUGGCCGUUCACGGAAGAGCCCAUCACUUACGGAGACAUCACCGUGGAGAUGAUCUCGGAGGAAGAGCAGGAUGACUGGGCCUGCAGACACUUCCGGAUCAUCUAUGCUGACGAGAUGCAGGACGUGACGCAUUUUAACUACACUGCGUGGCCUGAUCACGGUGUGCCCACAGCCAACGCAGCAGAAAGCAUCCUGCAGUUUGUGCACGUGGUCCGACAGCAAGCUACCAAGAGCAGAAGCCCCAUGAUCGUGCACUGCAGCGCUGGCGUCGGCCGGACGGGAACGUUCAUCGCCCUGGACAGGCUCUUGCAGCACAUUCGGGAGCACGAGUUUGUGGACAUCUUAGGGCUGGUGUCAGAAAUGAGGUCAUACCGGAUGUCCAUGGUACAGACAGAGGAGCAGUACAUUUUCAUCCAUCAGUGUGUGCAGCUGAUAUGGACGAAGAAGAAGCAGCAGUUCUGCAUCAGUGACGUCAUCUACGAGAAUGUCAGCAAGUCCUAGUCAGAAUCCGGAGCAGACAGGACACGGUGUGCGCCCAUCCUCCCUUGCUUCCAGAGUUUUGGGGGCCCCUGCUAGCCAUUUUGCUAAGAGGAGCCCCUGCUUUGUAAUAUGUGGCCAAGGAGAUCCUGUAUCUCGUAGAAGCACCGGGAAGACUUAGCCUUAAGGAGCCUACAGUGUCUUUUGGACUCUUUCACUUCUGGACAUUUAAUAACAAACCAAAUUCGACAGAACACCCAGAGGUCCGGACGCUCUGCCCAGGGCAGGAAGCACAGCCCCUUCCCGAGAGUUUUGCUGGCCCCUCUCUGGUCGGGCUGAGCUUGUUGUUGCUGUUUCCAAGUGCAAUGAUUUUCGCCUGUGUAUGAUUUUAUCAGAACGUUGAAUUGUUUCCUGCUCACACAAUUGAUCAAGCCCAUAGCCCACGAAGGAAAGGCAUUGCUAGUCUAAAAUUAUACCUCAUUGUGAGAAAGAGGCAUGGCCACAUAUAAAGAAAUGGUGAUUCUACUUCAAGAAAAUUGAACCAGCGAUACCUGCACCCCAAUGUUGAGCUAUGGGAUCAGGAGCAGGGAGGGUGGACCUGGGAAGAGAGAGCAGUUCUACCCAGAGAUCAGCCACCUAUCUUUUCCAAAUACGAAAAGCUGGAAUUCAGCUUCAAAGUAGAGUAGAAAAAAAUAUUUAAUUCUUAAUUGUUCUAGUUCUUGAUGGUUUUCUUCCGUAUUAAUAGUCAAGUGUUUCUUCCUUGGCCCCCUGGGACUAAUGUCGCCAGCCAGGUUCCUUUGCCACAAACCAGAUCUGAUUCGAAGAGUCGGAAGUCUGACUCUUCAGACUCCGCCGCGGUCUGAGCAAGCUUGGUGCCUAGUCUCUGCAUUGUUUUUGUUUUUUUGUUCAUACACGGGGAGCGACUUCUGUGAGAACUACAUAGGAUGUGAAAACCGCACUUUCUUUCCCCCAGACCGCUGGGGAUUUCUGAAAACAUGGCAAUGAACUGCAGCGCGCUAGGACAAUUAUUUGGCCGCCACUUUUUUUUUUUUAAUUGUCAGGUGUCACUGUGAAUAUCAACAGAGAUUUCUUUUUGUUUUCUGGGGGUUUUUGUUGUUGUUGUUGUCAGUUUCGUUUUAAUCAGUGUAACCAGUAACAUUUUAUCCCACUCUUUAGAUUUUGUAGAAUUCCAUGAUUGUGUAUUGUGACAUGAACGCUGUCAGAAUGGACACAGAUGGCACCGUGGGGCCUGUUCCGUUGUGUCCCCGAGGAAUCAGGGCUGACGGUGUGCAAAGGAAAACCUUCUGAGGGAGAGGAAACACACGCCGGCUGCUUCCUCGUGGUGGUGUGGCCGGAGCGAGCCUGCCCGCGUGGCCUGGCCAGGCUUUGCCCCUCUCUGCGUAUGGGAUCAGUGCCCCUCGCCCUGGCCUCCCUCCAUUCCUGAUCAUCUUCAUGGAGCCGUGAGCAUAGGAUCAGCUUAAUAUUUUAUCAGUGACCUUGGGGAUGGUGAAGGGUGCCAAGUGAACAGCUCUGCACCCCACCGUCUUGUCACCGAGAGGACCUGGCCACAGCAGAGCUUGGCCCAGUUCUCAGCGAGUCCUGGCCAGCGAGGUUCAGGUUAACCGCAGGGGUGCCCACGCCCUGCAGGUUAGCAGCUCGGGCUCCCAGGCUUGUCAGUUACACUCGCCUCCCUUCCUCCCCUCCUUGCCUCGCUGCGCCACCGCCUCUUCUCACCUCGCCCCUCUCUUUCCUUCUUGGACACGUGAAUAAGGCAUCGCUCCAUGCUCAGGUGCACACACCGCUAAAGAAAGGCUAGAUUUUUCACACACAGACAGGCCCGGAGGGAAGUGUGCCACCUUGGCUGAGCCGAUAAGCCGCGUGGGUGUGCCGGAAUCCAUUUCCAAUUUCCGUAAGCGGGAACAUUCCUUCCCCUGAAACUUAAGGCACGUCAUCAAUAUUUCAUGUUUUUCUCCAGCACCCCUUCGGGGAGGGAUCAAAUAGUACCAGAUCGGUUUUCCCAAAAGAGAAGAUGAAGUAUCCAGACUUAGACCGAGGACUCGGAGUUUAGAUGAUGACAGGAGGGUCACACGCAAGCACGUUCCCGGGUCCUGUUCCUCAGGCUCUCCGUCCGUCACUGUCCCCGCACGGGCACACUGCACCCCCCCGUUUGUGAGUGGGUGGUGAGGAAGCAGAGGUCUGCCAGAAGCCUGGGGUUUUAAUCUUGACUUUGGAACUCCUCUCUCCUGAGUCUCAGUCAAUAAACUUUUGAAAAAACUAAAAA